AUGACCACUGGGACGGGAAGAGGGAUGCUGGAGACAGAGUCUGUCGAAAGCUCUGGGGCUGCGUGGCCUGACCGGGUCACCGGAGUCCUGGAUGAUUGCUUGUGUGAUAUUGAUAGCAUUGAUAACUUUAACACCUUCAAAAUCUUCCCCAAAAUAAAAAAAUUGCAAGAGAGAGACUACUUCCGUUAUUACAAGGUUAAUCUGAAGCGACCAUGUCCUUUCUGGGCAGAAGAUGGCCAUUGUUCAAUAAAAGACUGCCAUGUGGAGCCCUGUCCAGAGAGUAAAAUUCCAGUCGGAAUUAAAGCCGGGAGUUCUAAUAAGUACUCAAAAGUGGCAAACAGCACCAAAGAAUUAGAAGAUUGUGAACAAGCUAAUAAACUGGGAGCAAUUAACAGCACAUUAAGUAAUCAAAGCAAAGAAGCCUUCAUUGACUGGGCAAGAUAUGAUGAUUCACAGGAUCACUUUUGUGAACUUGAUGAUGAGCGAUCCCCAGCUGCUCAGUAUGUCGACCUGUUGCUGAACCCAGAGCGUUACACUGGCUACAAAGGGCCCUCUGCAUGGAGAGUGUGGAACAGCAUCUACGAAGAAAACUGUUUCAAGCCUCGAUCCGUUUAUCGUCCCUUAAACCCUCUGGCGCCUAGCCGAGGAGAAGAUGAUGGAGAAUCGUUCUACACGUGGCUAGAAGGUUUGUGUCUGGAGAAGAGAGUCUUCUAUAAGCUUAUAUCGGGACUUCAUGCUAGUAUCAAUUUACAUCUGUGUGCAAAUUAUCUUUUGGAAGAAACGUGGGGUAAACCUAGCUGGGGACCCAAUAUGAAAGAAUUUAAACGCCGCUUUGACCCUGUGGAAACUAAAGGAGAAGGUCCAAGAAGGCUUAAGAAUCUGUACUUUUUAUACUUAAUUGAGCUUCGAGCUUUAUCAAAGGUCGCCCCGUAUUUUGAGCGCUCAAUUGUUGAUCUUUACACUGGAAAUGUAGAAGAAGAUGCUGACACAAAAACCCUUCUACUGAAUAUCUUUCAAGAUACAAGGUCCUUUCCCAUGCACUUUGAUGAGAAGUCCAUGUUUGCAGGUGACAAAAAGGGGGCCAAGUCAUUAAAGGAGGAGUUCCGCUUACACUUCAAGAACAUCUCCCGAAUAAUGGACUGCGUUGGAUGUGACAAAUGCAGAUUAUGGGGGAAAUUGCAGACUCAGGGUUUAGGAACUGCCCUGAAGAUCCUAUUCUCUGAAAAAGAAAUCCAAAAGCUUCCAGAGAACAGCCCAUCUAAAGGCUUCCAACUCACCCGACAGGAAAUAGUUGCUCUUUUAAAUGCUUUCGGGAGGCUUUCUACAAGUAUAAGAGAGUUACAGAAUUUUAAAGUCUUAUUACAACACAGUAGGUGCCACUGUAAGAAAGGGCAGCUGUUUCCAUCUACGUCAGCAUCACCUUCAGUUGGAAGUUGGGGGGCAGCCGACAGUCCAGCGCUCGGCAGUUUGCAGCCUGAAGUGCCCGCAGAACCCCUGGCUGUCCACCACAGCACGCAGACUGCUUCCGUGGGAUCGCAGAAAUGA